GCUGCGCCAACGAAGCUACUCGAACGCGCCGCGAGCGAGAGAGAGAGAGAGAGAGAGAGAGAGAGACAAAAACAAGGAGAGGAGACAUUCGGCAGCAGCGUGGAACGCAGCGACGCUCACGGCCCGGAGAGCAAGUUCCUCUCGUAUAUACGCACACAAAAUCACGCACCAACACACAGAGCUGCGGGACUGCGCUGGUAAAGUGUAAACAGACUCACGUAAAAGUAGCGAUUCACACAAACACUGGACGGUGCGCGCACGCCAAGACCACACCACUACUACCAUCGUCAUCAUCGAACUCAACAGCGCGGCGGCGGCGGUGGCGGCGACUAGUUAGUGCCACAGAAUCUUUUCAGCGUACACGCAGCAGCAGCUCAUGCUGAUGCGAGAACCAGUGCAGCUUUCUGCUACAAUCACCGAGUUCGCGGCAAUGCGUUCGCGCCCGCUGUCGAUGACAGCCGCGCACCUUAUCCCGAUAACCAGACACGAGCAUUGAGUGCUUCGAGAAGUCCAAAAAUCCAGCGACUCCAGUCGGCCGAGUCAGGCAUAUCCAGAGAGAGAGAGAGAGAGAACGGCAAGUGAAGACGACUCGAGGGCAGAGAGAGAGAGAGAGCGAGAAUUCUUUGUGGCGCGUGCAUCACACACACAACGCGCCGUCUGAGCACUACUGCCGUGUAGGAGAGAGAGAGAGAGAGAGAGAGAGAGAGAGAGAGAGAGAAGAACAGCAGUAGCAGCAGUUUUUGAGGGCGACCGACGACGACAUCGACGAGGAGUCUCGUGAGUCGCGCGCCGCGAUCGCCUGGCCUUUAUUUUCUCCGUGUGUGUGCUUUUCCGAGCCCGAGCGACUUUCUAUACAGACAUAUAACCGAGCGCGAAUACCAAGUGGAAACGAUUACACGCGUGUACCCGAGUGACUUUUAACCAUACGAUCGACGUUGCGACAGUAUACACACGAGGUUAUAUACACGACAAUCUCUUGGUUUCUGUGUUGUGGUGCGUGCGUGUGAGUUUUCUUCGGAACACGGUGCUCUCCGCACAGGAGCGAGAGAGAGAGAGAGAGAGAGAGAGAUAGAGAUACGGAGAGCAACUUCGCUUCAUCUUUGAGCUGCAAACGAGGACCAGGGAAGGAGCAACAUGAAGGAGAAACGGAGGAGUAACGAGAAGCGCAAGGAGAAGUCACGGGACGCAGCCCGAUGUCGGCGCAGCCGCGAGACGGACAUCUUCACGGAACUCGCGGCGGCGCUUCCGGUGCCGCCGUGCGAAGCCGCCCACCUCGACAAGGCCAGCGUCAUGAGACUCGCUAUCGCCUACCUCAAGACCCGCACUCUCAUGGAUGCAGUUCCAAAGCCGCUGGCCAAACCCGAAAUUUCACCGGAGAUGGACGAGCUCUUCUCCAAGGCUAUGGAUGGAUUUGUGCUCGUACUGGACAAUAACGGUGACAUGGUCUAUUUGUCACCGAACGUCAAAGAUUAUCUCGGCAUCGCUCAGAUUGAUCUGAUGGGCCAGAGCGUUUUCGACUACAGCCAUCCAUGCGACCACGACGAGAUCCGCGAAUCCUUCUCGCUGAAAGCGUCAGAAGUCAAUGAGGAUCACCCCUGCAACUUUUUCCUGAGACUCAAGUGCACUCUGACGAGCAAGGGUCGCAAGGUCAACCUCAAGAGUGCAUCCUACAAGGUGAUACAUUGCACUGGACGUCUGUUCGCCCAUACAGUCAACAACGUUAGUGGAAAUGCGUCAGAAUCAGAGGAACAAGCUGAGAAUGGCGAAAGAGAACCAGGUGUUUCCUUGGUGGUUGUCGCUUCGCCUGUGCCACAUCCAAGCAACAUUGAGAUACCGCUUGGAAAAUACACAUUCCUCUCGAAGCACAACCUUAAUAUGAAAUUCACCUAUGCCGAUGAUAAAUUGGCCGAAUUUCUCGGAUGGGAAAGCAAUGAAUUAAUGGGUCAAUCUGUUUUUGAUUUUCAUCACGCUCUGGACAAUUCGUCUCUGGACAAGUCCUUCAAAUCACUGUUCCACAAGGGACAAUGCGAGACAAUGGCCUACCGCUUCCUGAACAAGAAAGGUGGCUACGCCUGGGUAGUCACCCAAGCGACGCUCAUUCACUGCUCCCGUCUGCAGAAGCCGCUAUCCGUCGUCUGCGUCAACUACUUGCUAAGCGGCGUCGAGUGCGAGGAUGAGGUGUACAGCGUGCGCCAGCUGGAGGCACGCGCCGACCAGUUGAAGGAGGAGCCCAAGCCCACGGCAGUCGUGCCGCCGAGGAAGCCGCUGGCCGACAAGCCUGUGUCCGUGACGGCCUCGCUCUUCCAGUCCUUCCAGGAGAGACCCGCCAAGCAGCAGAGCAGAAACGUCGUCGUCGACGUCGGCAAGGAGAACGACGAGCCUCAGGACAGCGCCAAGGCCAAAGCGAACGUGCCGGUCUGCGAGGUCGAGCCGAAGCCACAGCAGCAGACGUCGAUUCCGGACCCGCCGCUCCACAGACCGGCGCCGCAGACCGCGACUGCGAGCAUCUUCGCGCCGCGCACCAAGGAUAUGAACAAGGGCUUCCUCACGUUCAGCGAAGACCAACCGGGCCUCACCAUGCUGAAGGACGAGCCGGAGGACCUGACCCACUUGGCGCCGACAGCCGGCGACGUGUGCGUACCUCUGGAGGAGCCGCCCUUCCUCAGCGACAUGCUCGACGAGUUCAUCCUGAACGCCAACUACUGCCCGCUGCUCAGUCCCGAGCUCACCGACGUCGUCUGCAACACCAGCGGCAACAGCAACCAGAGCAGCGGCAAGGACGUCGAGCAGACGAUCCUCGGGGACUCUGCGCUCAGGAGGGACGACUGCAACUCCUCCGACGGGGAUCCCUUCAUUUACAGGGACUCGCCCAGCCGCUGCAGUCUCGGCACGGACCUCCACUCGCCGACCCUCACCAAAAGUCCAGAAGGCAGCGGUAUCGGCGACUCGCUCAACAGUCCCAACGACAGCGGCGGUGGCCUGUCCGAGGACGAGAUGCUGAUGCUCAGCAUCAGCGACGUCAUGGCUGACGACGAGCUCGCGCUCAGAGCACCGUACAUACCCAUGUCCGAUCAAGACGAGGCGCUGCAAAUGCUCAUCAGCGACGACAUGGUCAUGUGGGGACCCAGUCAGUCCAACGAGAAAAAAUGCAAAUGGUUAACGGACGCCGGCGAAGAGAACGCAAACUCCAGUCUAGCACAGCUGCUGACCGACGAAUCUAGUUCGAAGAAGAUGAAGGACCACGCCGGAAUCCUCGUUAAUCCCACGCAUGUCUUAGGACAGAUUAGUUUAAAAAAUACCACAAAAGACACCACUGCCGAUCGCGAGCGCACGAAUAAGCGCGUGCACGCGUACUCCAAAUCCAGCCACGAGAGCAAACGCGUCAAGCACAACGACGUACCUACAUCCAGCAACAAUAAUAACAACAACGGCAAUAUCUCCAGUCUCGAGAAUAUACUCUCGUCCUCUGUACAGAGCAGUCAGCUUCUACAGCAACUGGUCUCCCAACAGGUACCGAAGAAUCGCAGCUGGCCGGAUCAGCUGUCGACGACGCAGGAGUCACAACGAACUAGCAGCAACAAUGUAAACGGCAACAACCUGUACGAAGAAUCGAACCUCUGUCGACUGAAUGACGAAAGCGUCGGUCUGAGCAACCCACGCAAAAACGUCUUCGAGCACGACGGAGGCGGAAGACCAACGUCUCAACGCCAGCAGCAACAGCAGCAGUCCAACAGCGUACUGAUGAACCUGCUGGUCUCUGGUUGCGACAUGCAGAACACCCAAAGCCAGCUACAAGAUCCGACGUCGUUCCUAUCGAACCCACCGCUCCUCCUCGACCAGGAUAAGAUAUCACCUCUGCAGAUAAGCGUCGAGGAACAGCUUCAGACCGUUCCCCAAUGGACUAAUAACUCGUCGACCAUCGGCAUCGACCAUCAACAUCUCAGUCCCAUACUGAUGCGGGACAAGCAACAAAUUCCUCAACCGACGACGGUGGGCUUCGAGGCUCUCGGCUACGACGACGACCUCGGUUUUAUGAGCGACGCGCAGAACGACGAUCUUUUCCGCGCCCUCGACUCCAGUCUCGUCUGAUGAGUCGAGCCGCGAGACGACGGUGAUUCUCUUUUGGGGCCUUUUUAAUUAUAUGUAUACAUCGUGUGCGAUCGGACGUCGGAGUAGUUUUCGUGUAAAUAUAUUAUAUGUGACGCGGAGGAAAUUUUAUGUCGCAAGGAUUUUUUUCUCGCACGUUGUAUUUGUAAAUGCGUGUACAUGCUAUGUGAGGAGACGUGUGCUUUCCGAUUGCUAUAUCACCUAUCAGCAGAUGGUUGAAGUCUAUUCGUUUCUUUGUUUUUUUCUUCUUUUCGACACACACACACACACACACACACACACAUAUAUAACAGUCGCAGUUUAGAUGGUUAAGCCAUUAUUAUUCGAUGAUGAUAGAUUACCAGAUUUUAAUGAUAAUUACGUAGCUUUUUAUAACGUGCGUGUAUGCAAAUUUUGUAAGAUGAAAUUGUUGGGGAUAGCAUUUUAUUGAAUGAAAUUGACGGUGGGCUUCGCAGGAGCUUCGCAUGAUAAUGACGAUGAUGAUUAUGAAACGGAAUAUCUGUGUCACGAAGGUGUAUGCACUAUGUUAACAAUCAACAGUGGAUGUGAGCGUUAGACAUGUAAUUUGAGCAUUAAGGCUUGUGUCAUCGUAUAAUAUUUUCUCCGUGCUGUCAAGUCCACGCCUGUUAUACAGUGGACUUCGGUUGAUCUUUAAUAGUUGUCACUUAAUAAUACUUUUGAUCGUACACAACUUUCGCAGACGAGGAUGAGUGCAUUUUUUCGUUUUACGUAUAAUUUUUCUGUAUUUUUAUUCUCUUUUAUUGCGUUAAUGUUUUACUGUCAUGGGAAAUACGAAAUAAGGUGUCUAGAAAUAUAUUUUCAUGUAAUCACUCGGUUUUAAGUAGUCUUUAAUGAUUAAUAUCCACCUGGACCGUAUGUCCUGAAGUAUCGAUCGUUUUACGAUUAUACAUCACAUUCAGGCAAUGAUCUGUGUCAAUUUGUGUAUGCAAAUUCAUGUUUUUGAAAAUUGACGUAGCUUAAUAAGCAGAUUGCCGUAUGGAGCAACAAAAAUUAUAUGCAUUACUAAAUAUAUAUAUAUAUAUAUAUAUAUAUAUAUAUAUAUGUAUAAUUUUUAGUUAUCAGAAUAUUUUAUAAUAUUAUUAUUAACUAAGUGAAUGUCGUAGAAGAGGUAAAUACUAUAACUAUACUUAGUAUUGCUUUGACGUACGCAUCAAAAACAAAGAAUUACAAUCACACCUCGAUUGUACCUUGAUUUUGUAUUAUUCUGAAGUUUGAUAGGAGUGGAUUUUAACUGAGAAUUUGCACUAUAUAUAUUGUAUCCAUGUUAAAUCUGUCCUACUGUUGGACAGUGUCGGUGCGAUUUUGGUAGCGACGAUGUUUGACGUAAAAUGACUCACUAACCGAUGGCAAUUAUUAGGAUUCCUGCAGAACGGAUAAUUUUUGAAUUAAUAUACAAACCUUGUGUUACUGCGUGUUUCCAUUGAGCUGUAAUGUUGAAAGAAUCGCUUGGAUAAAAGAUUUUAUACAAGGGUGUGACAAUAUUUUUACUAAAGACUAUUCUCAAUUGUUUAACCAACAAUUUUAUUACUGCAAUAUAUUAUACAAAUUACAAAACUUGUCGCGUGGAUGAUAUGAAGCAAAGGAGUAAUUUUUAAAUCUGUGCGAAAAAAAGAAAGUCUAAAAAGUAAAUAAAUCAAACCGUAUGCUAGCAGUCAGCGUAAGAUUAAUAAAAUAAAAUAUGAACGAUGAAUUUGUAAAAAAUAAAUAUGAUGCAUGUAACAAAAAAUAAUAAUAAAUGAAAUGAUAACUUUGCGUCAAAGACACUUUCGAGUGACUGCCAUAUAUAUGAAUCAAUGAGUGUGGACAAUUCAAAGUCGAUGGAUGGUAUAGAGGUGCGUAGAAUCUUAUGUAUAUUCGAGGUACAGAGUCGAAAUUUAAAUGCGACGCUCUCGAAACGUUUGAUUUCGUGUACCGUGAUCUAUGUGACAGCGUGUCUAGACCUACACUUUGAGUUUCUCUCUUGAAACGUUUCACGAGGAACAGCUAGAUAAAUUGUUAUUUUUCAUUUUUGCGACGAGUUAGAUGUCUUUAUUUACACGAGUGAAAUUAAUGUUACCAGAUGAUGAUAAUGACGAGAGUUGAAUUGAGAGGAAUCCAAGGUUUUCGUGUAUACACACACACACACAGUAUAUACGAAGGGAGCAUAGAGUAUCUCACGUGACGAAGGUUCGUAACAAUGAUACAGAUGAAAGAAUAUUAUUGUAAAGGUUAUAUAAUAUUUACUAAUGUUAAUACAAUUAUAUUUUGCAUUUGAAGAAAAUACACAAUUAUAAAACAA